AUGGAGGAGUACGUUCGCGAGCCAUGGUAAGUUUUUCCUGUUGGGUGUCCGCUUUUUCGCGGUUUUUAUUUGCUUAUAAUUCAUCCGGUAUGCAUAUGAGUCCAUUGUCCGACAGGGAAGUUUCCCAAGUUUUUUUUAUUCGUAAACGAUCGUCUGGCCUCGAUGCCCCACUACAGCUUAUUAAUUCCGUUUGGUUUAGUUUUGUAUCUGUGGCAGACGAGUGGGCAGCUUAUUUCCACAUGUUUAUCCUCCGCCUUUUCAUGCACGCUACGUUUUUCAAUUCUGCCUUGCUUUCUCGUCUAGAUUGGCGACGAACAAUAUUUUCCCGAAAUUACCAUGGCGCGCAAUGUUUUAGUCGGCUUGCUUUGUUUCUUCCUAUUUUAAAGUCCGUUUCGGAUCGUCAGUGACUGUGGGGCAGCGUUUGCCAUGGGGACAAUCGGUGGGAGUCUUGUACACGCCUACAAGGGUUACCGGAAUGCGCCAACUGGCUACUUCCGCAAAAUAUCCAGUGCCAUGGUUUCCGGACGCCAAAGAGCCCCUCUCGUUGGAGGAGCGUUUGCAGUCUGGGGCGGGAUGUUUACAGCCGUAGACUGCACCCUUGUAUUUGUACGGAAGAAGGAGGAUCCUUGGAACUCGAUAACUAGCGGCGCUGUCACAGGCGCUGUGUUGGCUGUCCGUCAUGGUCCUGCUGCCAUGGCUGGACAGGCAGUUAUUGGCGGCAUCAUCCUAGCAAUUAUUGAAGGUCUUGGUAUCAUGAUGAAUCGCUUUGCUCCUAUGCUGAUGCGUAAGUUAUAUCGCGAACUGUUUUUAUUUACCUUAAUUAGCCUCGAACCAUUCGGUUUUCUCGAAGUUUGCCUGUCUUGGCAGACCUUAGGUUGUCACAGACACGCUCGAAUGUCGUUAUAUUUUAUAUUUGCCUAUUGAUUUAACAACGGAGAUUGUAGGCAUAUGAAAACGUUCGUCGUGCAUAGCAGCCUGUUUCGUAGGUAUCAGUUGCUAGUCACGAUGGAAUAUUAAUCAGAUAGAUGGGAUAAAGUAACCUGUGCUUGUGCGUGCUUAGUUGUUGGAAGGUUGGCGGACUCUCAAGUCGAUCACUUGCUCCUUUUAUCCUGCACAUUAGCAAUAUCUUCGUCGAGAAUUGCCCUUUGUCUGUACCUUAACGUCGCCACAAAGCAGUACAAGUUAAGUUAAGUACAAGUCAAGUACAAGUUAAGAACAAGUUAAAUAAAGUACAAGUUUUAAGUAAAGUAUUAAGUUUUUACUGCCCUCUGUAAUGCACACCAGGGGAGCGUGUUUUAGUCUACCUAAGUUGUUAUACACUGCCAAUCUGAGAUUUUGGUAUGCAGUUUAAAAAUAUGUAUAACUGCGGACCUUUUGUCGUCUUCAGCUAAAUAAAUAUUUUUAGUCCGAAAAAAUAGGGUAAAUUGGGGUCUUAAUUGUUUCCGUCCGUCGACACGACCAUGCAAGCAUGUAGGCUUUUUGGAAAUCCCUCUAUUCAAGUGAGAAGUGAUUAUGUUUUGUGACGUGAAUCUUACAAGGCACGGGCGAAUAUCAGGAGUCCACCAGUAAUGCGAAAUUCAUGCGGCGCCAGGAGUGAUCAUCCACCCUCCAUCGCUACUGAUACUCAACAGUUUGAUGGGGCGGGGGCAACUCCGUAUCCAUCUGCAUAAAGGAAGCUUGUUCUCGAUAACAGCCUUCUCUAUCACAUUUGGGACGCCAACAGAAACCCGUUUCGGUUUCCCUUAACAAGGACGCGUGUUUAUCACUCACCGGCCAAGUCUUCACUGACAAGGCGCUCGUGACGUUAGGCAACUGUUGCUGACUUGCUUAUUUUAGAUUUAAAUAAACCUGAAAAUGUCCGAAUACAGUAUUACGAUCCAUGAGAGUAGCUGACGGUUUGCAGCAUGCAUAUACUCGACGUAGAUGUCUGCUGCCUGCCCUCAGUCUUAAUCCCAGACACAGUCCCCGGGAAAUCAGGCCUCCGCCAGUGGACUCUCUUGCAACGGUCCCUACAAUUCCUGCGAUAAACGCGGUGCGGUAAUCGCCGAAAAGGCGAUCCACGCAUUGUUUCGUCCGAACAAGUCAGUGACUACUUGCAAUAUGUGCAACUAAAAAAACUUUAAAUCAUAUUGUUUUCACCUGCACCCCAGUACGAGCUGCCAAACAGGCCAGCAGAUAAACGUAUUUGCAAAUGCAACAAGUGGCUGAAGGACUCUUGCAGUGAUCCGCUUAGCGCCGAGUUCAUGCCGAAAUUGGCAGUGUCGGUGGGUCAAACCUUCUCCUAGCUUACACACGCCUAAAAGUCCUCUUCCAUGCCUAAAAUGUCUCCUGUUGUAAAACAACCGGGACACUGAGGAAGUCUGGUCUUGCACUGCAGUCCGAGACGCACGAACUUGCAGCAACAAACACUUGCUGCUAAAGUCCCUUGUCAAAGUCGGGCGAUUAGGUCAGCUUGGGAGCCUCACAGUUGUCUGCCCGGCCAACUCAAGCCUGCUCGAGCAACGAGGCUUAAUCUUAUUAACUUUGGCAAAUGCUGGUAGUCAGCCAAGUAUGACUGUAAAAUCCCUUGCACUGGAGUGAUGACUUUCACGAAACGGAUCACAAACGCCGACGACACUCGAAAGCCACUAGUUUAUUUGCCAAGUUAACUGCUCGCGAUCUAAAUUAUGACUUUAUUUCUGACAACUCGGCCAAAUUCGAGCGACAAAAUUAGCACUUCUGGCACUUUUGACGCAAUACUGAGACUGCAGCAGUAAAACACCCACAGUAUGACGUCCCUGUUGAAGUCGGGUGUCUGCCGCAACAGAAGUCCUUCCGAUGCUGCUGUAAUGGUCUUUGCCGUGUUGUUUUAGUGUGUUUUUAAAUUGUCUACGAAGAAACUCAACCAAACCGUACGUGGGUGCACUGACAAAAUAUUUGUCAUAACUUUGGGCGAUAGACGGCUGUCCGCCCUGAUGAGUUUGCCUGUGUUCAAUUUCGUUCAUCGUUAAUGUAUGGCAACGGGACUCGGUGUGCCGGGAAUAAGUAAUCGCCGUAAUCAAUUCUUCCUGGCUCUCCAGCACUGUGCUAGUUUUGACUCAACAGUCUCUCCCAACCGUUCUAUGUUUGGUCUGGCGUUCGGGGAAAUUGCAUCCUGUCUCCCCUUCUGUCUAAUCGCGUCUUUGACUGGAUUCCAGUAAGGGUACUACGUCUUCAUGGUGGUGUCGAAUUUCCGUCAGGAUUUCGACUGACCGAUUUUGAAGAUAGAUAAAUAAAUAAUUUUAUUGAGUAACCUUCGUAUCAAACGAUGAGUACCACAGAAUACGUCUCGAACGAAUGAGCUGGCUAUAUCAGUGAAUUUAUUUGCUAAUUCCAUAGAAGGCAAAUUCUGACCGGGAACAGGCUGGCAGCCCGAUGAAGUGAACGACUUCAAGUAUCUCGAGACGAACUUGGCCACCAGACACCAGAACAAGAAUAAGAUAAGUUACGGAAUGGAUGCAUGCUCUGGGCGGUGUAUGUGGACCCUUAGCGAUAUGUUAUCUUUUUCCUCGAAAGAAGCCAGCCUACGUUUUUGACAUCCGUUUCACAGAGGUUGUCUUGGCUGUCGCGAAGCCCAUAGUAUGAGUCGGUAUUUCUUAUUGAGGAACUUGCGUACCCUGGUAGUUCAUGGUUCUAAUUCAGGUAGAAUCCACCAGUACUCAGCCUGUCCGUUUAUGCGGAAGUUCAGCACGCGAUGUCACAGUAUCAUCACUGGACUCUACAGUAUUUACGGCGUAUUCGGUUUGCCAAACUUCCCCCUUCACAUACUGCAAGCACCCCCACUGCUGCUCUGCGAUUACCUUGAUAAAAUUCUGCUUUUGCAACUGACCGUCACUGAACGGUGUUCCACUACUGGUGAUACAUGAUCGCGCAAUAUAACCAACUGCUGGGCUGGCAGACAGACCCCGUCUUUGUGAGGUGAGGUACCCUGCAUAGUUCAGGCCACCGGACAUGUGAGAAUGAAUUUGGACUUGUUAUUUGUCGUCUCCAACAUCAGUUUAUUACUUUUUUGUCUAAAUCUGGCAUCGACGGCUAAUUGGGGGCAGGAAAGAAAUCAGUCAUCAACUUUGCUCUACACAUUCAUAACAGCAUGGAAGUGGUCCUCCAACCUUCAGUAUUCAGUCUCAUGGGUGAAUCAUGUCCUCCGGGCUGAUCGCCACCGAUCGUCGCGUGUGAAGAAGUACCGUCUGCAAUCUCCAGAUCAGCUAAAUGUGCCUUUAUCAUGACCGUGUAAAGUGUAAGCAAGUUCUUUCUUCGGCCGUUGGAGCGCAUGCCGUCAAAUUAGGUGAUUACUUUCGCUGUUCGCCAUCUGUUUUUGCAUGUCAGCCCCCUUUUACUGAACAACAUCUCAGUACCUCCGCCAAUCUGCACAACUCUCCUCUUCAAGACGUGUAGUUCGGCGUUAUCUAGAUGGGCCUUUAGGCGUACGUCUCGCGCAUUGAAUUCCUUAGUGAUAAGUCCCUGCCGCCCUCUGGAUUACUAGACCGCGCUGACCGACUUCGUUACCUUCAAGUCGAUCGUUCUUUAAGACGCUAAGAUUAUAGCCAGGACUGUAACAUUACAGGUUUUGGACCGAAAUAAUCCACAGCAAAUUCCUUGUACCAGUUACCGGGUCUUCUUAUUUUCAACCAAUUUGUAGAACUGCGUUUUCUGCAAUGUCAUCCUGCGCAAAAAUAAAGUUGGUUUCUCAGGAGUUGUGGGAUUGCUGCGUUACGAGAUCUCGUUCAUAAUGAGGAGGGUUGCUGCAGGGUGUAUGGAGAUGGACGAGGGAGACUAGCAUGGCUAUUCCCAGCUUAGUAACCGUCGCCAGUCGGCCGUACCCAACCUCAGGUCCGCUCGACCUAGAAUUCGGGCCCCGGGUUGUGUGUUCACUGGGCGUUAUUAAAUUUAACAGUACCACUGAGCCACGAGCCCGUUAUCUGGACAUUUGUGAUCGGGAAUAUUUACUGUCGUGGGAAGGAGGCGUUCGCCGAUUAGGCGACUUCACGCGCUCGUUUUGUUCCGCUCUGAGACUCAAUCUGAAACUUUCAUAGGCAGUCGCAUAGCAACCGUUGACAUAGCCAAGAAGUACCGACAUAGACUGGGGAAAUUGUGAUGCAUUCUGUCCGUUUCGCCUCCGGACAAAGAUGUCCCACAGCUGUCAGCACCGCGAUUGAGGGUGCUUCCUCCCACAUCGGAAGGCUGAAGGUGUUGGUCUAUAUGAGGCGCUGAUCUGCGCAGGUUGCCACGAGGAUAUGGAGACAGUUAUCGUCGAAGCUGCCGAUUCCAUGGUGAUCCAGCAAUUCUUCCUAGACUGUGUGGUUCGUCUCGACGCGGGCAUUGAAGUCACCAAGAACAAUCAAGUUGUCCGCCUUCGGCACAGUCGCCAGGAUGACAUACAGGUUUUCCUAAGACUUGUUCUUCGCCACCUUUAAGCUGGUCAUCGGGUAAUGUAGACGCUGACAACGGUGGCGACUUUGACUCCCCGUUUUCGGUUACCAUUUUUGAGUACUAUUACCGACACUGUGAUGCUUGAUUCGCGUAGAUAAUAAUGUUCACCAUUCUCUCAGUCGUUUAUUUUUGAUGUUUUGAGCAGAACGCUCUUAUAGCAAAAUUCUUUCCUAUCUUAUAGUACUGCAGGCAGCUUUCCGCUUGCAUAUGGUCGUCACUUAAUCUUCAUAUGUAUGGAGCGUCAACUCCACCAAGCGUUACCAAACCUCUGUAAUCAACUUACCGGGACACAAACCUACUAGUAUUGAGAAGGGUUGCUUCAUUUUACACACAACUAACAGUUACAUGUGUGCUCUAGUAUAUCCAAGACGGUUUUCCCACACGGUUUGCACUUAAUUUUCUUUUUCCAUUUAAGAACCACCUGAAGAACCUCCUAGUCCAGGAGGAUCAGAAGGAGGUGACAGCGGCGCCGGAGGCAGCUCCCUUUUCAGCUUCUUCUCUCGUGGUGCCGGUGAUGAGAAGGCCUCACAACAACCCUUAACGCCAUCCUCGUCAACUGAAAGCAAAAGCUCCGGCAGUGGCUUUAUUUUCCAAUGA